CGCGGGAGUUCUGCGGGCGCCUUUCCCUUUUUUUCCCGCCGAUAAAACGCAGAGGCGCCGCCGCGCGUGCGUUUCCCGGGGCGGGGCCGUGCCCAGCUGUGGCUGCAGCUGAAAUCUGUGCCUUUUGGCUAAAACUUCUCUGAAUCUUAUUCCACUAUGAAACAGCUGUCAGCAGAAACUAUUCGUCUCCUUUCAAGUUCUCAAGUGAUUACAUCAGUUGUCAGUGUGGUGAAGGAGCUGAUAGAAAACUCCUUGGAUGCUGGUGCCACGAAUAUUGAUACUAAAUUGGAGAAUUAUGGAUUUAACAAAAUAGAAAUAAGAGACAAUGGCAGUGGAAUCAAGGUUGCUGAUGUUCCAUUUAUGGCGAUUAAAUAUUACACAUCAAAAAUAAGCUCUUCUGAGGACCUGGAGAGGCUGACAACAUAUGGUUUCCGCGGAGAGGCUUUGGGAUCAAUUUGCUGCGUAUCAGAGGUUUUGAUCACAACAAAGACAGCUGAUGAUGAAAUCAGCACUCAGUAUGCUUUGGAUAGCAAUGGGCAUAUAACUUCUAAAAAGCCUUCCCAUCUUGGACAAGGUACUACGGUAACAGUACUGAAGUUGUUUAAGAAUCUUCCUGUAAGAAAGCAGUUUUACUCAACAAAUAGAAAAUGUAAGGAAGAACUGAAAAAAGUCCAAGAUCUACUGAUAGCAUAUGGUAUCAUAAAACCAGACCUGAGGAUAACCUUAACACAUAAUAAGGCAGUUAUUUGGCAGAAGACCAGGGUGUCAGAUCACAAAAUGGCCUGUAUGUCAGUUCUGGGAACAGCCGUUAUGGGCAGUAUGGUACCUUUUCAACACUGCUGUGAAGACCCUGAGAUAAAUCUUUCUGGAUUUCUUCCUAAAGCUGAGUCAGACAGUUCUUUGACAAGCCUUUCAAGUUCAGAAAGGAGUUUCAUUUUUAUAAAUAAUCGCCCAGUUCAUCAAAAGGAAAUACUGAAGGUAAUUCGACAGUACUACAGUCUGAUGACACACAAGGACUGUACUCGUUUAUAUCCUGUUUUCUUUUUGAAUAUUACUUUACCUGCCUCUGCUGUGGAUGUGAAUUUAACACCUGAUAAAACUCAAGUUUUACUGCAUUAUAAGGAAUCUGUCUUACUUGCUGUUGAAAAUGUGUUGAAAUCACUGUAUGGGCCACUACCUGCUACAGUGCCUGGUGAAAGUAGUAAAACAGAUGUUACCUCAGAAGACAUGUUUGUUCAUAGAACAGAACAAACAGAUGUGGUUGUUAAUGAAAUGGGACCAUCUGGAAGUGAUGAUCUGCAGGCUCAUACUUCAUUCCUUUCAUUCAGCAGCAAUGUGCAAAACUGUCAAGCAGGAAAAAACACAGAGAUCUGCUUAAAUCAUCAGACACUUUGUGGUGAAAAUGUACAUAGUCACCUGGACAAAAAAGAGGUUUCCAAGAGUGAUGCCUUUCCUGACAGUUCCUUAGAUUUAUCGUGUGAGGAGGAAUGGAAUGGACAGAAUAUAGUGUUACUUAAUAUUCAAAGUAACACUAUUCCUGUGGACCCUGAGUUUAAAAAAGCCAAUGAACAUUUUCUGAGUUCUGAUAAUAUUGACAAAAUAGAAAAAAACGAGGACACUUUAGUCCCUAAAGACUUACCUGAAAUCUCUGCUGAUAGUUGGAGUGUGGGAAGAGGAUUUAAAAACCAUCUAGGAGACAACCUGGAGCCUGUUAAGAUUUUGAUUCCUGAAGAUGAAGGAACAAUUAAUAUGCAAAAUGAACAUACUGAUGAACAAAGCAGUGGUCCACGAAUCUCAGAUCAAAGUAGAAAGAAAAGAAAUGUGAUAACUGAUAAAUUUGGACAUGUAAUGGCUUAUGACUUAAUUAGUAGUAGAAUAAUAAGGAAACCAAAGUCUGCAAUUGGGUUUUUCACUCAAGAAUUGCGUCCAAAAUUGAUAACUGAUAAUCCGAAGGCCAGCAUGGAGGACAUCUUGCUGAAAAUUGAAGAACAGUGGAAGAAUUUGAAUGAAGAGGAAAAAAAGAAUUAUGAAAUAAAAGCAGCAAAAGACAUGGAACGGUACAACAGAGAAGUCAAGAAAGCUAUGAGACAGACAGUGCACCGACCAGCAAAGGAGGUGGAAAAACAAAAACCCAAGCUGAGGACUUCCCCAUGCAACCAGCAGAAGCUUGAGAAGAUAUUUCAUGAUCAAAUUGAAAAGAAGCGGAAACCUGAACAGCCUACAAAAAUUGUCACAGUGCCUUUUUCUCUGAGUUCCUGUAGACGUCAGCUUCAGAGACAUGAGAAAAAUUAUUCAGGUGAACAUGAGCUUUUCCUGAUUCGUCGCCACAGUUUUCCUGAUAUCUGGAUAUUUGCUACUGAAAACCAGGUGAUGUUACUGAAUCCAUAUAGAUUGGAAGAAACCCUGCUACAUAAAAGAUUGCUGAUGAAUCAUAAGCUUCCAGUAGAGAGACUGGAGAAGCCAAUUGUGUUAACAGACAGUCUUCUUGGUGGAUCUCUGUAUAUGUCUGCUCUUUAUAAAAUGCAGAAGGAUUACCAGUGUUUCAGUGGAUUAGGUUAUUUGUCAGAUCCAAGGCUUGUGGCAAAUGGAUUCCAGAUAAAAGUGAUAGAAGGUGCUUCAGCCACAGAAAGUCAUCUGGAAAUAGAAGGAAUAGCUAAUUGUCUGCCGUAUUAUGGUAUUUCCGAUUUGAAGGAAAUUCUGACUGCAGUAGUUCAUGCAAAUGCAAAUGAAGUAUAUGCAUGUAGGCCUCUCAAAGUGAUAAAUUAUUUGGAGGGAGAAGCAGUACGUUUAGCUCGGCAGCUGCCCUUACAUUUGUCAAAAGAUGAUGUACAAAACACGGUUUACAGGAUGAAGCAACAGCUUGGAGAGGAAAAUAAAGCCUGUGUUCAUGGUCGACCUUUUUUUCAUCACUUAACAGAUAUUCCAGAAGAUGACAAGCACAGCUCCAUGGAAAUUAUUCAGUAAAUGGAACGAACAUUUUGUCUGGGAUCACAUUUCUCUUGCUUAAUUUUGAUCAUUACUCUGUUAUUGCAGUAUGUUUUGUGCAAAGCUUUUGUGUAAUGACUUUUCAUUAUCAUAUGUUCAUCUCUCAGGCUUUUUUUUUUUUUAAUUUAAAUUCAAAUGCUACUUGAAAGCUGGAAAUAAAUACUGUAGAGAAACAACUCAUCGCUAUUUUUUUAAAAGAAUUGGUUGAAGACAUGUUCUCAACUCAUUUGAUACUUUAUUGCUGAAGGUUUAGAAAAUAUCAGUAUGUCAAAAUGUUUUAGGUGUGAAGAAGUUAGAAGUUCAUUUAACCAGAGCCUGGCAAAGUUUAUUGUACUAAGGGCAUGGAAUGGUAAGCUUCAAAGGAAUUCCAGGUAGCUAUGGGUAUUUAAAUGUGCCAUUGCCAUAUGCAGUUAUUAUUGUUACACUCUUAUGGUGUUCUGUUUGGAAAUUGUUAGCUCCUGUAAAUGUGUACUGAAGUCCUUAUGCCCUGUCUCCAAAAAGCUUUUCUCUAAACUGUGCAAGUAAUUCAACAUUUUUAACCUUGGCUUAAAAAACUAGAUUCUUAGAAGUGUAGUACACUCUUAAGAGCUUAGGUCAAACAAAACUGAGCGUGACCUGAGAAGUGAAUGGGGCAGAGUCACAGGAGUACAGGUUGGCGCUGAGAGCAGAUGUCAGUGUGUGUGUGUUGGUGCAGCCACUAUACAGGAAGUGUUUGGGGGUGGGAAUCGCAAACAGGCCUCAUUGGGGGAGGGUGUAGCACAACUAGGACGAAGUCUGCUAUAUAGACAGCUACUGAUGCUCAUUAAUUUGUUCAUUCUCUUUUCACCAGAGAGUAAUGUUUACUCAUCUAUUUCAUGGAGUAGUCUUCUUCCGUAAAGCUUCCCAAUUAUGACUACUGUGCAUAGCAGUGCAGUUAUCUGUGAAAGAACAUGUUUUAAAUGUUUCAGGAAAGACCACCUGAAAAGUCCUGCCUAUCCCCAGUUGUUCUGUCAUAGCAAAUCUUGGUGUUAUGAAAAUGUGGUGGUUAGACUGAGCUUCGUAGUGGUCUGUGGCUGCUAGGCGAAGGGCUGGAGGUUGCUGAAAGGCCUGAGUGCAGGCCCAUUUGUGGACAGGAGUAUCGAACCAAAUUAGCAAAUGUACAAUCUGAAAAUGUAAAUUAGUGAUCUGUUGCUCUGUUUCAGACAAUUCUGAGCUGGUGGACUAAGUUAAGAUAUCACAGCACUACAUGGCAACUUGUAAAUUAUGAACUGAAAGGUCAUGAUUAUGUUUUUAUGCAGUUAAAGUAAGUUUGACCUUUUCAAACAGAGGACAUAUUUAUAACUUCAAACUGGAGUAAGGAAAGUAGAGAAAUACAUGUACAGAAAACAUGACUGCACUCUGUAGAAGUCAUUUUAAGUAACAAUGCUCAUUUUAAGUAGCCACCCAUAUUAAUUGCUGAGUGUCUGCCAUAAUUUAGCUCUUCUACAAUGUCGAGUUCUGUUGGUGCAUUUGGAGUGAACUGCCUGGGGCAAUGCUUGCUGGACAGCAUGCUGGGAGCACCUUGUGCCCUCACAUAGGUGAAGGGCAGGCUGAACUUGGCCAGCUGCUCUUUGCAGCAGCAGCUGGUUGUACCAUGGCACACAGAGGCACUUGCUGAUGCUUGCCCAGGAAGCACAGAGGAAGGCUUAGGGAACAAUGAAUGCAAAUAAAUAGGAAAGUUUUGUUUAGUAUCCCUCCUGUACAUGGCAGAAUGGUGCAGAGGCCUGAGCUAAGACGUAGUAGUGAAUCAGGUGCUCUCUUCCCUUUACUGCCUUGGGACGUGCAUCCUCCACUGCUGCAAAGGAGGAGGAGCACAAGAACAUGUGCAUUUUCUUCCCUUGCUGUUUUCCCACCUCUACUAUGCACAUGUGUGGGGUCAGAUUGGGAACAGCUGAAGGGCAUCAGGUGAAUUCUUUUUAAUGGUAGUGUGAGCUCUAAGUCUGGGUGUCUACCCACUGUGGUAGUCAUGGUUGGGGGUGCAAGCUGAAAAGGUGAAUUACGGUGAAUUGCGCUGAUACUCUGCUGAUGGAGAUGGCUUUUUAGAUAGGGUGGGUCUCUCCUUACUUUAUCUAGUGUGGACAGAAGGAAAGUUAACUUUCUAGAGCUGCUCUUUCAUUUUUAUAGAGAUAUGCUCUCUGAUGCCUCUAUUUCACAUUCCUUGUUCAAACAAAAAAAAAAAAAACAACACCCCACUGCUAGAUUUACAAGUUUAAAAGAAGUCAAAUGGUGUGCUUGAUGUAAUGGUUCACAAAGGAAGGCACAUCAACUUGUUGCCAUUGCAUCAGCACCUGGUACCACUCAGAUGUUUCAUUAGGCAAUGAACUCCAUGAGGCUCUCUGGGGAGCAUGCCUGUCCUUGCAGUCAGUGAUUAAGUCCCCAGCUGUUUGGAAGUCAGAGGAAAACUUAAAAUGCAUAAGGAUGAGUAGACUUGGUUAUUGUUGUGAUUGACCUCUUACAUUAGUGGAAAAAGCAGCGGGGUGGGAUCUGGUGGGCACAUGUCCCAGCAGCAUGCAAACAGGCAGCCACGUCAUUGUACCCUACUGAAUGGUCUCAAGCAGCUGUGUCCAGGAGUGGCCAGGUUGAGGCAUUUCAAGGGACUCCCGGUAUUUGCACUGCCCUCUGCUGGCAUUUUAUUUUUGUGCAGUUUUAACCAUUUAAAAUUAUGGGUACACAGGUCAGGUCUAGGACAACUCCCCAUGGCCAGCUUUCAGCAGAGACAAUGCUAUGUGGGGAGCCCAAAUCCCUAACUGAAACCCUAACCAUCCCUGUGGAGAGAUGAUUGCUGCAGAGAGUUGUGCGUUUCCAAGGAAAGUUGGUGAUUGACCAGAAUGACUAUCAUUCCAUCAUCAGUAGGUCAAAGUGUUAUUGCUUAUGAUGCUUCUGGUGAUGUUUGUAUUUCUGUAUUCUAAUAUGGAAUAUUUAAAAUAUCUGGUAAUAGGACCUGCACUCCCAAGCAUCACACUGUUAUAGUUAUAAAAUCUCAAUUUAUGCAAGUGGUUGAAUUCCCCCCCAAUACAUGUUAGUAAUACUUUUAUGAAAGUAAGCAUCAAAGAGCAACUUUGGGGGGUUUUGAAAGGGUUUUAAUAUUUGGUCUUCAGGGCUUGUUUUAUCUUCUGUAAAGCAGGUCUAGUUUUGGCUUGGUAAGGGGCAUUGAUUUAGUUUUGAUUUGUUUUGUUAAAGAAACAUAAUUUGAAUUAAUUUUUUGUCUGCAAUAGCAAUAUUGAAGGAUUCAUGAACAUUUUAUUUCUUUUUACCCAGCAUUUUAACAGGCUAGGUUAGCAAUGGUGAGAAACUUAAGGUACAUCUAUUUAAUUUUGCUAAUGGAAAGCUACUAGACGCAGGUUUUUGAUUCUUUUGCCCUUCUCCCCCUCUCUCUGUGGAGAUACCAUAUCUGAAACUACGGAGAGUAUAAAUGUGGAAAUGUUGACUCUUUUGUUAUUGGCUUCGAAUUAAGCACACAUUGUUGCAGAUGAUUUGGAGGACUUAUUUAAAGUAAAUAUACAAUUUCAAGCUCAAUUAUCAUUCAUAGUUUAACUGAACAUAGUGAGAUACAAGGUCUGUGAAUCUGAUACAGUGUUACUUCAUAAUUAUGAUGCUUUUUUACAGUAAAUUUGAUAUAGAACAGUUGCUAAAGGAAAGCUGCUGAAUGGUGUGACCAACCGUUUUAUGGGACACAUCUGGUGUAUUAGUUCAGGAUGUGCACUGCAGAAGAACAGAGCCUUUUGCACAAAAUGAGAAGGAAGCUAACUCCACAUGUAUAUGUUUUGCGGACAUGCAAAGAGGUUAAACAAUUACAAGUUAAUUGUGUAAGCUAAUAGGAAGGGGGUUUGUAAUGUCAUUUCAAAACAGCUAAGGGGGAAAUGGAGGAGAAUUAUUGUUUCAAAAUCUCAAAUGAACAGUUUACACCUGUUAAUGUUACAUUUAGAACAGCUGUUUCUUUUAUUAUCAGUAAACAGAUGCAGAAAGAAAUGGAAUGUUUUAAAGCAAUAUGUUAAUCCUGUCUUCCACUACUGAACAUUCUCACAAUAUUAUGAUUGAAUAUUAACUGUAGUUCUGUCAUCUGCAUUUACAGAAUUCUUUUAUUUGUGACUUUUGCAUCUGAAGUUUUAAUGUUUAUCCAAAGCUAUUGUAGUCUUUCAUCAACCCAUCAUAAGUCUUUUUGCACAUCAGUAGUUUUACUGAUGAUUUCAUUGGGCUGAAUUACUCAGCUGAAGCACUCUUGGCUUUGGUUUUGCUUAAAGGUUAUUCUGUAGUUGCAAUUUCACCUUGAUAUUAAGCAAUCUAUAUUUGUAAGGGAAGAAAAAAAAAUUGCUCUCGAGAGCUCUGCCUUGCACACACAUUUUCUAUGAACUCCAGGUGAAGCUGGUUGCUAUUACACGCAAAGCUUUACUAGAGCACGCUUUGUUAGGUCCAGCCCUGUGUAUUAGGAUAGUACCAGUCAGGUGGUACAGGACAGAUUCCGGUUCGGGGCAUGGAAUUUUUUGGUUUAUGUGAAAAUAAUUUUAAUCUUAGUUCAUGUAUUUUGUCUAUAUGUUAUGACAAAUGUAUUGUGCUACUAAAGCUUUCAAAUAAAGAGCAGCUAUGGUUCUGGUAGUCUCUUGGAAAAAAUAUACCUUGAAACUGCAGAUGCAAUACCACGUGUGCCUGGGGAAAGAAAAUAAAUUCAAAAUGUUUCAAAAUUAGUGCCUAAACUGACCUGAAGUUUCCUAGAAAGCAGUGCCUGCCACUGAGAUGCUCAAGGAUGGCAUUAGUAGUUCUUCAACUAGAAAAUCUAUCUGCCUUAAUUUUCAAAUUAGAUAAUCUAUAAAUGUUCAAAAAAAAAAAAGGUAGUAUUUCAAUGAAAUAACGUGAUUGUGGAGCAUUACUGACUUGGCACUCCAAGAACGGAAGCACAAAAGAUUGAUACUGUAUAACUGGUUUGGCAGAUUGGUUUUCAGGAAAUGUAGGGACCAGUGAAUAUGGCAGCUGCAUUAUUAAAAUACUGCAUUCAAGCCCAGGUCAAAUUUUUCAUUCAUGCAUGGAGUAACUCAGCAUUAAUUGGAUCAUUACAUUUUUUAGAUAUUUUAGAUCACCAAUAUUUUUUGCUUCGGCACUUAAAAUGCCUGUUUAAAUUAAAGGAUUCACAAGAAGGAAAUGUUUUGACAGAGCAAUGCUGUAUGAAGCGUUGAUACGUGAGUCAUCAAUGUUGAUACGACCACUUGUCAGGUCGUUGCAGUAAUAAAGUUGCAUUAGUAGAACUAACGUUCUGUUUCUACUGCCAGGACAGCCUAUCUUUGGAGAACUUUAAAGAUACUUUGUCAGGUAAAAUAGAUAUAUCUAAGUUGAUAUAAAACAAAGAAAAAGGUUUUGUCAUUCCUUGUUCUCUUUAACCUGCUACUGUUCAUGUCAGAGAAAUGAGAGUGUUCCUGGUGAAAGGUGAGUUUACUUUCUCUGUUAAUAAAAGGGUGAAGGGAGGAACCCUCUAGCUUUGGAAGAGUCCUGACAUCUCGCUUCAAGAUAAUGGAAGCUUCUUUUGGAGAUAAUUUCAGUUGAUUUCCUAUAAAGUAGUUGUUAAAAGGCAAAUGGUUUCAGCUGUGAGGAGCAGGUUCUCAAAGUUGGCCCAAAAUGACUUGUAAGAAAUAGGUUGUUUUAAAGCAACAUGGUGUUGGAUUUCUAUUGUUCUUCACUUAAACCAGGCAGAGUUUGUCAGUUAACAUGCCUGAUGUUCCCUGGCAGUUUAGGUGUGUAUCAUUUACAACAAGAACCUGUUAAUAGUUGCUAAGACAUGAAACUACAUAUGUGUAGUUCUGGAAAAACGUUCCCUGGUCAGAGGAAUUCAGGUGGUUACUUCUCCCACAAGUUAGCCACAUCCAUUACAGAAUGUUUCCUUAAUUGUUGCACUUAAAGCUUCACAUUCAGCUUCAAAAUCCUCUCUUUCAGAACUACUUGCCUGAGAUCCCAUUGCCGUGGGGGACAGCCAUAACUUUUUUACAACAAUCUUUGAGCUGCCAACUCCUUUGGGAGAGUGGAUUUGACACUUUUAGUUUUGGUCUGUGUUUGCAAAUAAGUAAAUAUGAUUAUGGAUCAACUGUAACGGCAAUAAAAUGGACAUUGAUUUUUUUUUAGAAUUGCACUGUUUUACACUGUUAGUGAGCUUUUAUGUAGAAUCUGAAAACACUUCAUAGUGCACCAACUGCUUGUAGGUUAUAACAGAAGAAACAGCUCAGCCAGCCUUAAGCUGACUGCAGAGAUUACAGGGGGCAAACCCCCAAACUCUGUGACUCAGUUCCCACUGUUUCACUGUUACUGUAAUAAGCAUGAAAGCAAUGAUUAAUGGGUGGGUAUAGAUAAUUCUUGCCUAAUCCUUGAGGCUGUAAUUUCUGACUCUACUACUCGAGUCAUUGAAAGAUAUGCAGGCCUUUAUUGUGUCCUGUUUCUUCUGAGUUUAUUUGGAUGCUCUAUAGCAACAGACUGUUCUGUUGAUUUCUUAAACUACGUAAAGUAGUGAAGGUUUUAAGCACCACUAGAUUUUUUUUUCUUUUUCCUUUAUUAUUUUUAAACCUGUGUGGAUGCAGAAUGAUUAAGAUUAAAACCAAUUACAGCCAAGGAAGGACUUAAAUGAUAAAAUAUGUUGCCAUAAUAACUGUUUUACUGGUUUUCUUCUGCUUGCCAGUCUACGUCUUUUUAACUGUAGCUCAAAAAUCUGAAGCAAGUAUUUUGGCAUAGCACAGUUUGUAAGGAAGAUUUAAUGGCUUGUUGUGUCCUAUUUCUAUAAACAGAAGUCAUUUAGAGUUCAGCAGAUAUAUUUAGAAUCAGCAUUUGUUCUGGUAGUUACUAGAUGAAUAAAAUAAUCUUUGAAAAGCUGAAUAUACAGAAGGGAACAUGCAAGUUGAAAUUCACCUCACAACUAAUUCUCUUUCAAGAGAUUUUGAUGUAUUCACUGUUACUGACCUACAACACAAAUCUUUUUAAUCAUGGGUUUAAUUGUUGUUGCAAGCUUCAAUAGUUUCAAGAGAAUGCUAUGAUUAUUGCUGUGCAAUAGGUAUGACCUUGCACACUUUACAGUGGCAGAAUUCCCCAGUCUUCAUUCAGGAGGAUUUCUCUGUCUCAAGGAGUGCAGUGUAAGGCCCAGUAAGAGGGAAAUUCAGAAGUUCUGAAGAGUUCUUUUCUACUUUGGGCUGAUUUGGAUCAAAAUGUUAAUAGGAGUUUAAAUUGAGCAAUUUGUAGUCUAACUUGUGAUUUGUUUACUUCAAGGUAUGCAUAAUAUCUGCAAAACCUAAGCAAAAUGUGCUUUAAAGACAUGAAUUUUGUAGCAAAUAGUAAAUUAAAGCUAUAGUGACCUUUUGGUCUUUCUGAUUGUGUGCAUAAAUAUGUUCAUCUGUUGGUUUGUACUAAGUGCAGCAACAGGGCUCUUGCUCAGGGCAUAGCAGGCAUGAGAAAUACUCUUGUAUAUUUGUUCUUCUACUGUACUUUUUAUUGAAAAAAAAUUGAAAUUAAAAUGUUUGUAAUCACAGCUUUAUGCAAUUUUUGUGUGUUGGUUUUGGAAAAAAUAGUUAUUUUCCUAUGAGAAUAAGGUUCAUUUAGUGUGAAUAGACAUCAGUACCCUAUUUUAAAUUUUAAUUGAUAUUUCUGCCCCUGCUGCUGGCUCUGGCAAUGCUUCUGUGAAGUCUGAAAAGUUUUACCGUAUCAUUUCUGAUAUAGAUUUUGCCAAACAGGAGUUUGAAAACAUUGAUUGGAAGUAUAUUAUAUUCUACAUUUAAGUAUAUUUUUCCUUUUGUAUUUUAACAUAUUAACAAUGGUUUUCCUUUCUUCUGUAUUAAGAGUCCAUGCUUUCAGCAUCACCAAAAAAUGUCACCCAGUCAUGUGAUUGCCCCAUCAGCUUAUUAAAGAAGUAGCUUGCAAAUAUUGUUUUGCAAAUAACUAAAAACUUCAUUUUAUAUUAUCAUACCUAAACAGGACAUUUUCCAGGUUUUACCAUGUUUAAAUUUUGGUUGUUUCAGUGAAAAUCAGAAGUAUUCAUGUAACUGUAUUUUUUUUUAAAUGAGCAUGUUUUCUCAUGUUACUUAACAGAGAUUAUAAAAUGAUACUUUAUGGUGUCUAUUGCUGUUCAUCCAAGUGUCAGAAAGGUGAAAUUGUAUACACAAAUUGGAGUCCAAUUAUGCCCAUUUGUUCCCUCAUUAAACUGGCAUAUUGAAAAAAGGACUGGCCAAAUAACUGGCAAAUCAGGGAACAGAACCUAACAGGCUGACAGCGUUUCCCCACUUCAACUACACUGGAAGUCUACUUGUUGGAGAAAAUGAUAUACUGGUACCAAAUGAUAUAUAUGAUGUGCAACACAAAAGAUUUCCUGUUUUCAGUUUAUAUGACAUGACCUGUGGGCUAGCUGAAGAAAACAUCACUGAGAAAGUACUAUAUCUACAUUUACAAGUGUUCCUAUUGAUAUGUUAUUUUUCUAAGAUUUUGCUGAGUAAAGCUGUUUCCAUACAUAAGCUUUUUGGCCAUCUGCAACUGCUUGUCAGUGAGCCUGGUUUGAGAACACUGGUUGUAAUUGUAACCUCAGGAAUGUGUGACCAGCUCGUGGCCAGCUGUGCAUGCCCUGACUUUUCCCAGGUGUUAAGAUACAUGGCCACUUUUGUUCACUUUAACUGAUGAAGCGAAAUGCAGUCCUUGUUUUUCCCUACCUUGUAUUAAACCAAGAAACUGUUGGGUUUUAUUAUUUUUUAAUAUGUCAUAGCAAACAACUAGAUGAAGUCCAUGUUUUUAAUUAUUGGGCUUAUGUGACAGUGUGCUGCAUUUGUAUGAUGGUAUGUAUAUAGUGAAAUACAAAAAGAGUCCUCAGUGUCCCAUGAUCUUGCUAUAAAUUAACAGUGCUGACCCUCCAAAUCACACAAAUGCUCUUUUUGUUUGUUUGUUUGAAAAAGAUUUUACUUAUGUUUCAAUAGCAGAGAUAUUUCAGUAGUUUAAACCUCUUCAGACGGAGUUUCUUUGUAAUCAGCUUUAUUUUAAUGAUUCAUUUUGUGAUCGUAGGAACACUUACUAGCUGUCUUCUGCAUGGGAACCUGAUUGGAAUUCCUCCUAAAUCUGACCUGGAGUUGUGUGUGUAGGGAGGAUUGUAUUUUGUCUUUGCCUGCAUAGCAUUUUCUUUACUUGUGUAUCUUUCUGUAUUCAAGGUGAGGCAUGAGUGACUUGAAAGCAGUACAUGCAAGCACGGGUCUCCUAACAAGUGUUGUAGGGAAGAACACCUCCAGAUAUCAUGAACAGAAUUUGCUCCAUAGCCUGUGACACUGUUUAGUAAAGUAAAAAGUGAAAGCAUGGGAUUACCUUAUGGACAUGAUAAUUUGCACAAUGUGAUUGUUAUGAAAGAAUAAUCCACUUCUCAGGUCCCUGCUGCUAGGUCUCAUUUGCCAAUAAGCUGACAUGGUCAUCACAUAGUAGAUAUAAGUUACAAACUUAUUUCUUGGGCAUAUCAAUUAUUUUAUAUGAUCAAAACCAUCACAUUUUCCCUAAAAGGAACCUACCCAUGCAGAUCAGUUUCCAUGGUGUGAACUCAGACCGUCAAGUAGAGGAGGUCUGUGUCUUCUCUGACAAUUCUAAGUUCAUGAAGUAUGAAUUUCUGACUUUCAUAGCUUUUCAAAGACCUUGCACUUUUCGGUUUCGUCAUCUUUGAAUGUAGUAAGGACAUACAGAUCCUAAACUAGCACUGGCUUUUCCUAAGUGUUAGAAAUCAAUGAGGGAUGAGCACAUGUGAAAACUUCGUAUGUGCCCACGUGCUUUUCAAAAUCUAUCUCUUAGGGACUUGGAAAAGCUCAUUUAAUCUUGGAAGUCAGUGAAAAAUCAGCCUCCUAAACAUUUGCCUAGCCCUUGAAAAAUUUACCAGAACUGUCUAGGGAGGGGGAGAGGGUCACAUCUACCCAGUGCUGAGACCUACUUCAACAUAAACUUGUAGCAAGGCAAGUUCACCCUUAUAGCUCUAAUAGUAUGGAGCACUCUUGCAUUAUGAUCUUAUGUGAGACUCAGUGAUGUGCUUUUUCAGGGUUGAAGUACUGCUCUGUGAAUCCUCUUUAGAAAGCAAGGACUGUUCUCUCUUUCCCAGAGUACAUGGGAGAGCUGUGAAGACCUGGGAUAAAACUGCAUGGUAUAAUCUACUAGUAAGUGAUUUGUGCCUCUGACUGAUGUGUCUCCAGUGAAGACUCCCAGAUAUGUGCCAGUAUUGUGAGAUUCCUGUAACCACUGAUCUUCGGUGUUUCCUGUGAAACUUGAACCUAAUGUUAGAAAUCUGCAUCAGGACUGAGCUAUUCUCUGCUCUUUGUUUUCUGUUCAUCAAGGUGGCUUUUCUCAUUAGCAUAAAUCACCAAGGUCCUGCAGCAGUACUGUUGUCCAUGUGAAAUACAGCAUCUCCACUCUGGUGAAGGAAUAUUUACAACCCAAAAUGCUCUGCUUUUCUUGGAUUAGAGAAACCUCUCAUUGCUUCUUUUUUCAAUUUUUUUUUUGCAUCCUAACAAGUAAUUCUGGUUAUAUGAUGAAAUAAAUAAAGAGAAAUCAUAUAGAUUUAAGAGAAAAUCAUAUAGAAUGCCAUUGUUAUUUUAUUAUUAGGCAUGUUUGAUGUGAAUAGAGUAAAUUAGCCAAAGGCAAAUAAAAUGCACUGCUGUGGACAUGAGCGAGUUCAAAAACAAUGAAAUAAAAAUAUCUGUGAUACAUUGCAUUAGGUUGUGGUAAAGAAGUUAAAUGGCUCUAAAUUGUUUGUAACCUAGUUGAAGAAAUAAGAGACUU